CGUCAACUUAUGCUAUAGGUUAAAUCUUGGUUAAAUAUACGAGCGUGUACACACGUGCUACGGUAUGUGAUGAAAAUUUCCAACAAAUACAUGUAUAAAAUAAAUAAAUUAAAAAAGUCCGAGUAAAAUUGGAGCUGUUACUUAGCUAGAAUUACAGCAAGAAUGUCUAGGCAUACACCUAAAAAAAGGAAGAAGCAUGAUUCUACAUCGUCAAGUUCAGACGGAGAGUCAACAAAUUUUAACCCUGUAGAAGAGGAAAUUCCAUCCACAACUGAUAAGUUCGUCUGUCCAGACAAAUUCCAAAAAAUUAAGCCAACAUACGACACACUCUGCCUAGAAGACGUCAAAGGAAAUACCAACAAAGAAUUGUGGUUAAUAAGAGCCCCAUUAAAUUUUGACUGUAGCUUGUUGGAUGGACAAAAAUGUAUUCCAAAUGCACAGUACAAGUUGGGUGAUGAUACUCAAUUUGAAGCUAUUGUGAAAGAAACAAAACAGGUUGGAAAUAUUACAGCAGUUUUACCAUCCAAGAAAAAGAAGAAAUUAUUACCAGGUCCUGCUUUCAAGGGCCUUAUUUCAGUCGUUAGCAGAGUGGAGGUUGCACCUGUAGACAUCCCAAUGAGUCCACCAAAGAUGAGUUUUGACAUUCCCACUGGCCUCCAGCAGCGCUACACACCGUUUGGAUGUGGAUCUCCAUUAAAGAAAAGAAAGAGAAAACGUAAAAGGAGAAAUGAAAAGGAAGAAGAUGAACGAUUUAAAGAUUCAGUCAUUAGAGUAAAAGAAGAAAAAGAAGAUAUUUUAGAUACAUCAUCGAGUAAAAAGAAAAAAAGGAAGAAAGAUAAGAGGAAUACAAAACCAGAGGAAGUAGAGAUGAAUAUAAGAGAAGAAACAGAAAGUGAAGAAAAUGGAGUAAUCAUUCCACCUACAGAAAUUAAAAAAGAAAAUUAUAUUGAUGAAGUAGACUUUAUUAUAAGUAACAUUAAACAGGAACCUGAGGAAAUGGAUGGAGAUGAAUUAAAUUUGAUACGGAAAAGCACAAAGAAGAAAAAGAAAAAGAAGCAUAAAGAUGAUUGAUUACAGGAAGUUUCAGGAACAAAACAUAUAUUACUUAAAUUUGCUAUUGUAAAAUUAAUACAGAAAUAUCGCAUCUUCAUUAUUUUUGCAUACAAAAAUUCUGCUGCACACAUUGACAACAAAUUUACAAAUUGAGGAUGCACUUCAUAUGAUCUGUUUUAUGUCAGAUUUUAAGUUCUAGCUGUAAAAACUUAUAAAAUUCCAUGGAUACAAUAAUUUAUCUCUGCUACAGUGUGUAUGUAUUCACUAUUGCAGGAUUAUGCAAAAGUAACAAAUAGAUUAUUAUAUAAUUUAGAACAGUAGUACAUACUGAUACCGUAUGUUACAACUAAAAGGUCAAGAUCACAGAAAGUUAAAAAUUACAUUCAAGUGGUGUAAAAGAGUUGAGCACUCUUUUUAUUAAUUCACGAUAUAUUUACUUGGCUGGAUUUAAAUUUAAAUAUGAUAUUCAUUUAUUUUAAAGAAUUAAAAGUAUAACUAUAACUAUAAUUAAUUAAAAUGUAGAGAUAUACCCUGGCAGAUUGAAUGGGAAUCAGCUGAUGAACUGUUUUCAUAUGAAGCAAUCAUUAUAGAAGAAAUAACACAAAUAAAAAAGGAUAAUAUUA